AUGAGCAAUGCUCUUGUUACCAACGUUCCGUCGACGGUGACGGCUGCUUUGAAUCAGAUUGAUGAAGAGUCAAAAGGGUUGGAUGUUAAAGAUGACGCUGCGAGUAUCUGCGAAGUUGGUCCUUUUCAGGUCUUCAAGUUCGAAACUAGCCAAUCCGUCACGACACCCUCAGACCAUGUCUCAUUCAACGAUAUGGAUCUCGACACUCUUUCCGAGAACCAAACCCAGGACUUUUCAGAAACCAUCGAAAAUGAUCAAGCUACCUCUAAUGACUUCUCAACAACCUCUCUCGAUUUUCUGCACUGGGGCGAUUUAUUCACCUGGGACGUCAGCGUUCUCGACAAUCCACCUCAACUCCCCUACGACAACUUGGACACUUUGCCCAUCAACUUUAACUGGCCUAAUGAAUCCAAUAUGGGCUUCACAGAGUCUUUGGAUAUGAUGCCCUUUGAAGCAGCGAGCGAUGACGUUGCGUGGCCGCAGCUUGAUCUCAUGAUGGAUGCACCUCUUCUUCUGAAACACUUCAACGAAGACGUCAUCAGCCAGAUGGGUUCUCUUCCCAUCAACGAAAAGUCAGCUUGGAAGACUCUUCACUAUCCAUCUGCUAUAAUGACGCUGAGCGAGUUGACCAUGUUGGAUGUGGACAGAGAUCAGAUCAAGCGUGCGAAUCUGGCUACGUUUUACGCCCUGAUAGCUGUUUCGUCAUUCCACCUCUCUCUCAACCCCAUAACUUUCCCGAAUCUAGCUCGACCGGGCGAUCAUUGGAAAUCACUCUCAAGUCGGACAUACGAAGCUGCGAAACAACACCUCAAAGUCAGUCUCGAAAAGGAAUCGCAGCCUGGACCGAAUAAAGCAAAGUACAAGGAACAACUGAUGGGUAUAAGUGCCGUAUUGGCAACAGCACUCCUCUCCGGCAACGAAACAGACACGCGGUGGUGUCUCACAGAAAUGGAACGCCUCAUAAGCUGGCGCGGCCUCACCAAACCAAGCAUAUCCCGCCGCGCCCGUCUCCUCCACAACAUCUACGCCUGGAUGCGCAUCGUCUCCGAGAGUCUAAACGUAUACCUCGACGAGAACCACGCCAUCGAAACCCCCUUCCGCACGACAACCUCUCGCUCCAUCAAUCCCGACAUGACUCUCGACAAUUUCCUGCAUCUCGAACCGCGAAAACUGCACGGUCAGAAGACGAAACGCGAUAUCAAAGAUAUUCACCUCGCAGAUGCGUCGCAGGAUCAUGAGAAUAUGUAUAUGCAGAUUUACGGCGUUCCAGAGACGUGGCUCAGCUUGGUAUCCCAAAUAACACGUCUCGCCAACGUAAUGGAUCGUCUAUCCGCGUCUAAAAAGUCCGACGCUGAAGCGCUCAUGGCGUUACAGCCGCGCGCUUCAUACCUCGAAAACGCAGUCUGUCUCUUCCGCUCACGCCACAAUGAGAGCACCAUGAGCGCCAGUCCCAGCACCCCAGGCGGAACGCCGCAUAUGCACAUGGGCGUCGAAGGAGGUGUUGGUGGAGGUUUGGAGGAGGAGGGAUGA